ACCUCCCAUUUACGGUGCACAUAAAUGAGAGACAAACAACAAGGUGCACCCAGUCGAAGCUACGAUCUCAGGAUGGAGAACAGCAGCUGGAAACUGAUCCUGGCCUUUGGGGUGCUGUUGGUCAGCACACAUGCAGAAGCCUCAUUUUCCAGGCGCAUGGAAGAUUUCAUCAAAGCGGUGCAGCAGGUGGAAGAUGAGGAUCCUGGGUUGGAGCCAGUAGCUGUGCUGAAGAGGCUGCGGAGGGCAGCUGGCCUUAAUGAUCCAUUCAUCCAGCACUUCCUCGCAAACGCCGACUCCAGCGGUCCUGAACUCAAUGCCAACCUCUCAGAUUACAUUAGCAAGGUCGUGCAUCACCGGGUGACAGAGGACGGCAAAGAGGACGGAGUGGUUCUGACUCCUGAUGGUACCACUGUGGCACUCAGGCAGCUCCUCCUGGGCAUCGAGGCUGGUCUCCUCUCCAAACAUCAGGGUCGUGUUCGAGGUCUCUACCAGCUCACUCUGACCAAAGAGCUCAGUCUUUCUCUGCGCUCUCCUCAGUCACAGCGCCUCGGGUCAGACGGCUGCUGGGACAACAUCAAGUCUCCUCAGGUGUUCACCCUCUCAGACAGCUCCUCUCUGCUCACCACCGCUCAGGUCAACGGUGGCAUGGAUGGUGUGGUGUUAGGGAUGGAGGUCUCUGCCAAAUCCAGACGUCCCCUAAAGCUGAGCAGUCUGCUGACAGAAUACUACUGCCACCAGCUGGACAGCAGAGGGAUGGACGCCGCCCCUCGCCUCAUCAGCCGACGUCGCAGGGAGAACUUCAAAACGCUGGUCCUCCCUCCGGUGUUGGUCAGACAUGUGGUGGAAUCAGAAGAGCUGCAGCUGAGGCUGACGGGACGCUCUGAGAUGGAGGUGGAGACGAAAAGGCAGCUGACGGCUGCGGUGAAGGAGGGAAUGAAGGACUUUUUCCAUAAGUACGUGGAAUGUCCAUCCAUCAUCCGUCGGUGUAUGUGGGAGGCAAGACCAUACUACGGAACACCCUCCUAUCUGUAUCUGCCUGUGUCCUACCUGUUCAUCCACCACACUGCCAUUCCAAGCCAGCCCUGCUACACCUUUGAGCAGUGCUCUGCAGACAUGCGCUCCAUGCAGCGUUUCCACCAGGACAGCAAUGGCUGGGCUGACAUAGGAUACAGCUUUGUCGUAGGUUCUGAUGGGAACAUCUACGAGGGCCGAGGGUGGGACUGGGUAGGAGCCCACACCUAUGGAUACAACUCCGUAGGCUACGGAGUCUCCUUCAUUGGAGACUACUCCUACAGACUGCCCUCUCAGGAAUCCAUGAGGCUGGUCAGAGAUCAGCUGGCAUCCUGUGCUGUCAGUAAUGGGGACCUGCGAUCUGAUUACAUCCUGCAGGGCCACAGACAGGCGGCGGACACUACUUGUCCUGGAGAUGCCUUCUAUGCUGAGAUACAAUCCUGGCCACACUUUGAGAACCAGAACAUCCAGCAUGCUGGCUCCAACGCUCUGGCCCAUGUCAGCCAGCCGGGUCUGCAGCUCGGUUACGGAUGUUGCAGCCUGGGUUUAGACAAACAACAAGGUGCACCCAGUCGAAGCUACGAUCUCAGGAUGGAGAACAGCAGCUGGAAACUGAUCCUGGCCUUUGGGGUGCUGUUGGUCAGCACACAUGCAGAAGCCUCAUUUUCUAGGCGCAUGGAAGAUUUCAUCAAAGCGGUGCAGCAGGUGGAAGAUGAGGAUCCUGGGUUGGAGCCAGUAGCUGUGCUGAAGAGGCUGCGGAGGGCAGCUGGCCUUAAUGAUCCAUUCAUCCAGCACUUCCUCGCAAACGCCGACUCCAGCGGUCCUGAACUCAAUGCCAACCUCUCAGAUUACAUUAGCAAGGUCGUGCAUCACCGGGUGACAGAGGACGGCAAAGAGGACGGAGUGGUUCUGACUCCUGAUGGUACCACUGUGGCACUCAGGCAGCUCCUCCUGGGCAUCGAGGCUGGUCUCCUCUCCAAACAUCAGGGUCGUGUUCGAGGUCUCUACCAGCUCACUCUGACCAAAGAGCUCAGUCUUUCUCUGCGCUCUCCUCAGUCACAGCGCCUCGGGUCAGACGGCUGCUGGGACAACAUCACCUCUCCUCAGGUGUUCACCCUCUCAGACAGCUCCUCUCUGCUCACCACCGCUCAGGUCAACGGUGGCAUGGAUGGUGUGGUGUUAGGGAUGGAGGUCUCUGCCAAAUCCAGACGUCCCCUAAAGCUGAGCAGUCUGCUGACAGAAUACUACUGCCACCACCUGGACAGCAGAGGGAUGGACGCCGCCCCUCGCCUCAUCAGCCGACGUCGCAGGGAGAACUUCAAAACGCUGGUCCUCCCUCCGGUGUUGGUCAGACAUGUGGUGAAAUCAGAAGAGCUGCAGCUGAGGCUGACGGGACGCUCUGAGAUGGAGGUGAAGACGAAAAGGCAGCUGACAGCUACGGUGAAGGAGGGAAUGAAGGAGUUUCUCCAUCUGUACAUGGAAUGUCCAUCCAUCAUCCCUCGGUGUAUGUGGGAGGCAAGACCAUACAACGGAACACCCACCAUCCUGUCUCUGCCUCUGUCCUACCUGUUCAUCCACCACACUGCCACUCCAAGCCAGCCCUGCUACACCUUUGAGCAGUGCUCUGCAGACAUGCGCUCCAUGCAGCGUUUCCACCAGGACGACAGAGGCUGGGAUGACAUAGGAUACAGCUUUGUCGCAGGUUCUGAUGGGAACAUCUACGAGGGCCGAGGGUGGCACUGGCAAGGAGCCCACACCUAUAGAUACAACUCCGUAGGCUACGGAGUCUCCUUCAUUGGAGACUACUCCUACGGACUGCCCUCUCAGCAAUCCAUGAGGCUGGUCAGAGAUCAGCUGGCAUCCUGUGCUGUCAGUGGUGGGAGACUGCGAUCUGAUUACAUCCUGCAUGGCCACAGACAGGUGGUGGACACUGCUUGUCCUGGAGAUGCCUUCUAUGCUGAGAUACAAUCCUGGCCACACUUUGAGAUCAAGAAACAAGAAUGAUCUCCUCAACAAGAAGAGCCUUCAAUACUUCAAAACAAUCAUACAAUAAAUAACAUUUCUAUGUGCA